UACCGCCGCUUUUAAGUCAGUUUAAAUUAUGGAUAGAAUGUGCUCACUGGUACAGAUUCCGUACCGUAUAAAAGUGUCUAUACUUGGGAAGAGCAUUAGUAUUUUCACUAAAAUACCAACGUCUUUCCCUUUAUUCCCUUACUGGCAUAAUCCAGAAUGCUGUGAGGUGGCUUGCUAGGUAUAAGCCACUUUCGAAUCGAUUCGGUUACACGGCAUAAACAGAAAUUGGACACAGAUCGUCGAUCUCUAGGACAUAUCAGUCAAGAACCCAAGUCUCUACCUUUUUCUUCUUCUUAUUCUUAUAAUGAAGAAGCUCCCAAAUUUCCCUCAAGUACCUAAGUCAUAAAUAUUAAACACAGGGACAUUUUCCAAAAUGGCUUCUCAACCAUUAACAUGCGAAAGAUGUUCUAAGAUCGACUUUGAACGGCAAUUCGCUAUAAGUGAUGAAUUCUGCGCUAGAACAUUUUCUCAACAGUACCUACAUCAGACAUUGAAUAAGGAAAUCGACCAAUAUGACGGAAUAUCCGACGUAACAUUUCCUGACGAAUUUAUCGUAACAUUGGAAUUGGGCAUCAACUUGAUUGCAUUCUAUGAGGAAACAAAAUGCAUUACAUGUAAAUUUUUCGAUAUUCUUGGGGUGCGGGUGGAGAGCCAGUAUAUCAGGGUUGAUCCUAAAGACAUGUUCCAAUCUGACUACCUCAGUCCUUGGAUCCUCUAUUGUUCGAAAUUACCCCCAACAAUUGUCACCUCACGCUAUUUUGAUAGGGGUUCUAUUGCCAUAGCCAAGUCACUAUGGCACAACCCGAUAUUUCAGGACUUCCUAGAUCCUCAGAGAAAUGAUAUUGCCAUAUUCCGUGCUCUUCCGGAUCAUAACCCAAAUCAUACCGGUAUUUGGGGCAGGGUUGUCCCUGAAUGGGUCGAUUGCUCAAUCCCGAAGAGUUGGUUGGAUAUUUGCAGUUCUAAACAUACGCGAAUUUGCUAUCGACCUAAAGUAAAUGGCCGACUAGAAGGUUUCCGACUCAUCAACCGCUGCUGUGAUCCGAUAACCAUCGAAUCAUGCACCCUAGAGGUCGAUUACGUUGCUUUGAGCUACGUAUGGGCAGCCAGUCCAGAAUCAUCUAAUGCAUGGCCAGAUGUGGUUUUACAUGCAGUGGAGAUGACAAAACAGCUAGGCUUCCGAUACUUAUGGGUAGAUCGUUAUUGCAUCAACCAAGAAAACGAGAAAGAAAGGGCACAUCAGAUCUCGAAUAUGCAUUUGAUAUUCCAGCAAGCCGAGGUGACCUUGGUUGCUGCUACUGACGACUUCGAUGGUCUCUCAGGGGUACAAGUAGAUGGCUCCUUAAACCAGCGCGCGCGGAAAGUACAGAAGCAAGUACAAAUAGGAGACAUGGCUUUAGCGACGAUUCCGCGUCUAAGAGGCGCGAUAUGCGACUCUAAUUGGUAUAAACGAGGGUGGACACUUCAAGAAGGCCUAUUAUCCAGAAGAGUUUUAGUCUUUACCGAGGGUGAGCUCUAUUGGAACUGCUGCGGUAUGUCUGAAAGAGAGAGCGUUUAUAUUUCUCCGGAAAUCUCUCACCUACCUGAUAUGUCACAGCAGGGAGGAUGGAUGCCUGCUGGACUCUUUGACCGUACCAGCAAAGGCACUGCUAGACUUCUACACACAUCCGACGCCGAUAUACCACGCAGCUUGACAACUAGCCCUGAAUUUAAUGAAAGAAUCAUCUCCAAUAUAAAUUCGGAAAUCUGGAGAGAUAUUACGGGAUACGGGGAGCGUCAUCUCACGUACGAUACCGACUCUCUAGACGCAUUCAAGGGCAUCAUGCAGAUGCACAUGACUAGAGCAGGCAACAAUAUAAAGUUUAUUCUAGGUUUACCGAUUCCUAUAAUCCCUAAUCUGGAUUUAAACUUGGUAUUUGGUUUUGUAUUGUCUGGUUUGACCGAUCAGCGAGACGUAUCAUAUCGUCGCCGUCACCAUCUCCCAUCUCGGUCAUGGGCUGGAUGGGAAGGUUUCUUCUAUUGGAGCCAUGGACACCGUCUCGCCCUUACUCCUACUCCUAGUAUCCCUCAGCCUCAAUUCUAUAGGCUAAAUGCGCCAGAAUUCAGACUUAUUACCAAGGACGGGCAAAAUCACGUAGAGUCCACUAUAGAAGAUAUUAUAUUGGGAAAGAUCUCGAGCUUCGACGAAUUCGCAACUUUAAGAGUUGUGAAGCCUUACAUCAUGAGAAAUCCGACCCAUGUUCCGUUGACAAUGAGUAUACAAUCAAAUGAAACACUGAUACCGAACGGGAAUUCAAAAAUGGUUGGGGAGGAAAAUAUUGCCUUCAUUCUAAUUUAUUACGAUGAGCCUUUUUGGACUGCCGGAUUUCUAAUUUUAGAAUUAGUAGAUAAUGCUCUGGACGGGACGCGGCUAUGGGAGAGAAGAGGCAAAUUCUGCUUGACUAAACCGUAUCUUGAGUAUGAGAUUAUGAAUAAUUUUUGCGAGCCCGAAGAAAUAGACUCCCUAGACGAGCAGGACGAGUUGGAUUUGGUGAAGACGUUUGAGGAUGUGAUUAAUUGUAUAGGUCUAGUUCGUUCAGAUGUGGAUUAUCUUAUCGUGUAGGAAUGAGUGGUGUAGAAGUCGGAGAGUUGCUGAAAUCUUUUUCUUUCU